CUGAGCACGUCAAGUUUCAGCCGUCACAGUCCAGCACGUACCAGGCCAUAGGGACCCCCUUCUCCAUCCAGUACGGGACUGGCAGUCUGACGGGGGUCAUCGGAUCUGACCAAGUAGUCGUCGAGGGCCUCACCGUGAGCAACCAGCAGUUUGCGGAGAGUGUCAGCGAGCCGGGAAAAGCCUUCCUGGAUGCCAAGUUCGACGGGAUCCUGGGGCUGGCCUACCCCUCGCUGUCUGUGGACGGGGUCACCCCCGUCUUCGACAACAUGAUGGCACAAAAUCUGGUGGAGCUGCCCAUGUUCUCCGUCUACAUGAGCACGAACCCGGAAUCCUCCCUGGGAGGAGAGCUGCUCUUUGGUGGCUUUGACCCAUCUCGCUUCACGGGGACCCUGAACUGGGUGCCGGUCACCCAGCAAGGGUACUGGCAGAUCCAGCUGGACAACAUCCAGCUGGGUGGGACAGUGGCUUUCUGCGUGAGCGGCUGCCAGGCCAUCGUGGACACCGGGACAUCGCUCAUCACAGGUCCUACCAAGGAUAUAAAAGAAUUGCAAAGCUAUAUCGGUGCCACACCUGUGGACGGAGAGUACGCCGUGGAGUGCAGCAACCUCAACGUGAUGCCCGAUGUGACCUUCACCAUCAACGGGCUCCCCUACACGCUCAGCGCCCAGGCCUACACCCUCAUGGAGAACAGCGAUGGCGUGGCCUUCUGCACCAGCGGCUUCCAGGGGAUGGACAUCCCCCCUCCCGCCGGACCCCUCUGGAUUUUGGGCGAUGUUUUCAUCCGUCAGUUUUACUCCGUUUUUGACCGUGGAAAUAACAGGGUGGGGUUGGCCCCCGCCGUCCCGUAG